AUGAUACCCCCGGUAGAAUCGAUGCCAAAUAAUGUUAUGAAGUCGGCCAAAAAAUUGCGAAACUUCUUCGGAGUGCCCGAGGCACAGAUAUGCCGUGGAUGCAUCAAACGUGUCAGAUGCAGGAGGUACCAACAAGUAGAGAGGGAUCUUCCUGAUCUCAGUGACGUUACCGCCGUUCUCAUUGGAGUCUAUUCCAUUUGCAAAAUAUACAUGCAAGGUUCGGAUUUAGUGGUGCCACAAUCAUCACUUAAGGAGAUUUCCUCGGUUUCAUCUGUUAUGGAUGCACUGUUACAUUAUCUUCGAGCGUCACCACAGCGUAUAGAUUAUGAGCAAUUAGGCGGCGAAAAGGCCGAGCGGUUGGUUCAAAAACACGCGAAAUUUAAGGAGGCAAAGCGGCUUGAGAUAUUGAAGCAAAAGGUUUUCAACAUGCCAGCUGGCUUUGGGGCAAUGCCAUCUGCUAAGACUUACAUGGCAAGCUUCCAACGAGAUCUAUACAACAAACUUAACAAAAUCAACACCAAAGGGAAAGAAGACGACUCGUUGUGGGUGGAGGAUCACGGAGACACCACGUUAGACUGUGAUCGGGGCGAAGAUUUUCUUGAAGGAUUACACAAAUUAAAUGCAGUCAAAAAUUCAUUAACCCGAGUUUUACAGUCUCCAGAUGUUACACAACCUGAGAAAAUCCAUCAGUUACAUCCACAAUGUACAAAUUUUAGAAUGAAUUAUGAGACUCCAAUCGGUACAGACGUCGACCUUUUGCGAUACGAUAUGGUUAGCGAUAAGUUUAUUGAGGGUAUAAAAGUGAACGCUAAAGGAAGGGUUGUUGUGGACCUGGACAGCCAUGUACCAGCAAUUGGGAGUGAUGACACGGAUUUAACACCCGGAAUUGAAUCUUACCGUGCAGUUACGGCACGAAAGGCAGGCAACUAUUUGUCACUUAUGAACAAGAUACGCUCCCAUGCGGUGGGCUUGCCUUUUUUGAAAAAAGUGCAGUACAACUACCAAUGCCAGAGUUCUGGCAGCAAAGAUAGCCUGGGACGUGUUAGCGAUCAAGAAGAACGGGAGGCGCUUUCAGAGCUCGCUAUAGCACUCCACUCACACGAAUCGUGA